CAUCUCUUUCAGAAGUGCAUAGACCAAGAAAAUGUCUUUUGUAGUGAAAAAGAACGGAUCUCAGAACAGUGACAUCCACGGGAACUUCAUCAGCGGGAACGGUGUGCAUCAUGUGAGUGUGCGGACUCAUGUGAGUGUGAACCCUGCCAAACUGAAGAAACGCAGGCAGAGAUGGAACGUCAGACCCUCAGAGAUGUCCAAAAAAACACUCAACCCCAUCCGAGCCAUAGUGGACGGGAUGAAACUCACCCCCAACCCAGAGAAACCCAUGAUUGCUCUAUCCAUUGGUGACCCAACUGUGUUUGGGAACUUGCCAACAGAUGACAAUGUUUUGCAGGCAGUGAAGGAGGCCAUAGACUCACACAAAUACAAUGGCUAUGCUCCCUCAGUUGGUUACCAAAAGAGCAGAGAAGCUGUUGCAAACUUCUACAGCUGUCCAGAAGCUCCACUGGAAGGCAAAGAUGUAAUCUUGGCCAGUGGCUGUAGUCAGGCUAUAGAGCUAGCCAUCAGCGUGUUGUGUAACCCAGGGGACAAUAUCUUAGUUCCACGUCCUGGAUUCUCCCUCUAUAAGACACUGGCAGUUUCUAUGGGCAUCCAAGUCAAGCACUACAAUCUGCUGCCAGAGAAGUCCUGGGAGAUUGAUCUUCAGCACCUAGAGAGUCUGAUUGAUGAUAAAACAGCCUGUCUUAUUGUCAACAACCCAUCCAAUCCGUGUGGCUCUGUGUUCUCCAAAGAACACCAGCAUAAGAUUCUUUCCGUGGCAUCAAGAAACUGUAUCCCUAUCCUUGCUGAUGAGAUCUACGGAGACAUGGUAUUCCCGGGCUGCGAUUUUCAGCCUUUGGCACCUCUCGGCAGUGACGUGCCCAUCCUGUCCUGUGGUGGUCUUGCCAAGCGCUGGUUGGUUCCUGGCUGGAGGAUGGGCUGGAUCCUUAUCCAUGAUCGUAAUGACAUAUUUGGAACUGGAAUUCGAGAAGGACUUAUGAAACUAAGCCAGCGAAUAUUGGGACCCUGCACCGUGGUUCAGGGAGCAUUAGAGAGCAUUUUGAAUGACACCCCACCAGAGUUCUAUCAAGGCACCAUCAGUUUCCUCAAGUCAAACUCAGAGAUAUGUUACUCAGAGUUGUCAACUGUUCCCGGGCUGAAUCCAGUGAUGCCAUCAGGAGCCAUGUACAUUAUGGUGGGGAUUGAGAUGGAACACUUCCCAGAUAUCCAGAACGAUGUGGAGUUCACUGAACGGCUGGUCACUGAGCAGUCUGUGUUCUGUUUGCCCGCUACAGCAUUUGAAUAUCCAAACUUCUUCCGAAUUGUGGUAACCGUCCCAGAGGAGAUGAUGAUUGAGGCAUGCAUUCGGAUCAGAGAAUUCUGUGCACGUCACUAUCGACCUCGGAGCCAAGACAGCCACGAAUUAGACCAGUGAAAGAAACCGACUGAGAACGAAAGUUCAAAGGAGGAAAGGAAAGGUCAAAGGUCAAAGCAAAGUGGUGUAUAAACCUGAAGAAUGAAUCAAAAUGUUAUAAGAGAGGACACAUUUAUGUGCAUUACAUGUGACAUGCUUUCCCUUUCAGGAAACCCACAGUUCUAUGCAAACAUCAUAUUUAUAUUUUUCUAUGUAUUAUGGCUAGUAUUAUAUAGAUAAGGGGUGGGAGGGUAGUUUGAGGGUUAUUGAAUAAAUAUACAACACUGUUACAGAAAUUGUGGUAAGCUUGGGAAGCCUUGUGACCAAACCAUAAAGCCAUUUCUUGUGUAUCUUGCAUGAUGUGAAGUAUUUAUCCAAUAUGUGGCGUUUUAUGAAUGGAAUAUUUUGUUUAAUUUGCAUGCCUAACCACUUCAAGAGUCAAAAUGACAUAUAUGACAUAUGUUUUUUUUUUUUUUUUGUAUUCAAUUGUUACACCCCAAAAACUAUUUAAAUAAAAUUGUAUCCCAGUAUUUCUUUAAGUUAGAUAUUUUCCUGCAGAGAUCAGAGAUGGCAUUGGAACUUGCAUUAUACUACUGUUCUAACUCAAACCCUGUUACUAACACAAGUUUUACUAGAUA